CAGUUGGCAGCACAGCUGGCAACAGUGUAAUUGUGAAUGUGAGAGCCGAUUAGACGAAGAUUAAAGUGAUGUGAUUAAAAUAGAAAAUGAAGAUAUCUGAAGUUCUUUAUUGAUUACAAAAGUGAAAUACGGUUGAACUAUAACUAAUCUUUAUGAAAUGCAGGGCCAACAGGUCGUAGUAAAUACCCAAAAUCAAAUAAAUUCAUCAAAUAAGGGACUAGCACUUGGAAGCCAGGUGAUACUCAAGAUGAACGAUUCUCUCCCGGUGUCCUCUGUUGGAUUACUAGAGCUUGCUCAUCGUGAAUACCAAGCAGGGGAUUACGAAAAUGCGGAAAGACAUUGUAUGCAGUUGUGGAGACAGGAUCAAACAAAUACAGGAGUUUUACUGUUAUUAUCCAGUAUACAUUUUCAAUGUAGAAGGUUGGACAAAUCCGCCCAGUUUAGUACUUUAGCUAUAAAGCAGAAUCCCCUCCUAGCAGAGGCUUAUAGUAACCUUGGAAAUGUAUAUAAAGAAAGAGGGCAGCUUCAAGAAGCUUUGGAAAAUUACAGACAUGCCGUAAGGCUAAAACCCGACUUCAUCGAUGGUUACAUCAAUCUGGCAGCUGCGUUAGUAGCUGCUGGCGACAUGGAACAAGCUGUACAAGCAUACAUCACUGCUUUGCAGUACAAACCAGAUCUCUACUGUGUUCGUAGUGAUUUGGGAAAUCUUCUAAAAGCUUUAGGUCGUUUAGACGAAGCAAAAGCGUGUUACUUAAAAGCUAUCGAAACGAGACCGGAUUUCGCCGUGGCCUGGAGUAAUCUGGGUUGCGUCUUUAACGCACAAGGCGAAAUAUGGUUAGCGAUUCACCACUUCGAGAAAGCCGUCGGCUUGGAUCCGAAUUUUUUGGACGCCUAUAUCAAUCUUGGGAAUGUGCUCAAGGAGGCGAGAAUCUUCGAUCGAGCGGUAGCGGCUUAUCUCAGAGCCCUAAAUCUCUCGCCCAACAAUGCCGUCGUUCACGGAAAUCUGGCUUGUGUCUACUACGAACAAGGGCUCAUCGAUUUGGCCAUUGACACUUACAGAAGAGCCAUCGAACUCCAGCCAAACUUUCCGGACGCUUACUGUAACUUAGCAAAUGCCUUGAAAGAGAAAGGCCAAGUUUCCGAAGCUGAAGAAUGCUACAAUACGGCGCUACGUCUCUGUCCCACACAUGCCGAUUCUCUCAACAAUUUGGCCAACAUAAAGAGAGAACAAGGCUACAUAGAAGAAGCCACCAGAUUAUAUCUAAAGGCCCUAGAAGUUUUUCCUGAAUUCGCAGCCGCUCACAGCAAUCUUGCAUCCGUUUUACAACAACAAGGAAAAUUGAAUGAAGCCCUCAUGCAUUACAAGGAAGCAAUCAGAAUUCAACCUACCUUUGCUGAUGCAUAUUCCAACAUGGGUAACACUUUAAAAGAAAUGCAAGACGUUUCAGGAGCCCUCCAGUGCUACACUCGAGCAAUUCAAAUCAAUCCCGCCUUCGCGGACGCUCACAGUAAUCUAGCAAGUAUUCAUAAAGAUUCCGGUAACAUUCCAGAAGCCAUACAAUCAUAUAGAACGGCUCUUAAACUAAAACCCGAUUUUCCAGACGCCUAUUGCAAUUUAGCUCACUGUUUACAAAUAGUUUGUGAUUGGACAGAUUAUGAUUCUCGAAUGAAAAAGUUGGUAAACAUCGUCGCCGAUCAGUUGGAAAAGAAUCGUCUGCCUUCCGUGCAUCCGCAUCAUUCCAUGCUGUAUCCGUUGUCGCACGAGUUCCGCAAGGCCAUCGCAGCGAGACACGCGAAUUUGUGCUUGGAGAAAAUUAACGUACUGCAUAAGUUUCCUUACAAAUUUAUCCCAGAAUGUAAAGGAAGGUUGAGAAUCGGUUACGUAAGCAGCGAUUUCGGAAAUCAUCCGACUUCUCAUCUGAUGCAGUCCGUACCCGGUAUGCACGAUAAGAUACAAGUGGAGGUGUUCUGUUACGCUCUCAGCCAAGACGACGGUACAGCUUUCAGAAGCAAAAUAUCCAGAGAAUCCGAACAUUUCAUCGAUUUAUCGAAUAUACCGUGCAACGGCAAAGCCGCCGACAGAAUCUAUUCUGACAACAUUCACAUUUUGGUAAAUAUGAAUGGUUACACAAAAGGCGCUAGAAAUGAAAUAUUUGCUUUGAGACCGGCACCGAUCCAAGUCAUGUGGUUGGGAUAUCCCGGCACGAGCGGCGCCAGCUUCAUGGAUUAUUUGAUAACCGACGCUAUAACGUCACCAAUUGAAGUCGCUAGCCAGUACAGCGAAAAAUUGGCCUACAUGCCGUACACGUACUUCGUCGGCGAUCACAAACAAAUGUUCCCGCAUCUGAAAGAACGGUUAAUCGUCAGCGAUAAGACCGGUAAUUUAGCCGAUAACGUGGCAAUCAUCAACGCUACAGAUCUGUCACCAUUGGUCGAAAAUACCGACGUUAAAGAGAUAAAAGAAAUCAUUAAAGCUGCCAAACCCGUAGAAAUAAGUCUUAAAGUGGCCGAACUACCUUGUACAACGCCAAUCGAAAACAUGAUAGCUUCCGGUCAAAUUCAAACGUCGCUCAACGGAGUAGUGGUCCAAAAUGGUUUGGCCACAACACAAACCAACAACAAAGCCGCUACCGGCGAAGAAGUACCACAGAAUAUUGUAAUAACGACCAGACAACAAUACGGGCUACCUGAUGACGCGAUUGUUUACUGUAAUUUCAAUCAGUUGUACAAAAUCGAUCCAGUGACUUUACACAUGUGGGUGAACAUCUUGAAAGCCGUACCGAACGCAGUUUUGUGGUUGUUGCGCUUCCCGGCCGUGGGUGAACAGAAUCUGUUGAAUACUGCUCAGCAUCUGGGUUUGCCGACCGAGAAAAUCAUAUUCAGCAAUGUAGCCGCUAAGGAGGAACACGUCAGAAGGGGACAGCUGGCCGACGUCUGUUUGGACACGCCUUUGUGUAACGGACACACAACUAGCAUGGACGUUUUGUGGACCGGAACUCCGGUCGUUACGCUGCCCGGAGAAACGUUGGCUUCGAGAGUGGCGGCCAGUCAAUUGAAUACUUUGGGUGUUCAGGAGUUGAUUGCCAGGUCGAGGCAGGAAUAUCAAGAAAUUGCUAUCAAAUUAGGAACGGAUAAGGAAUACUUAAAAGCGAUGAGGCAUAAGGUAUGGACAGCCAGGACGAAUUCGCCUUUGUUUGAUUGUAAAAUAUACGCACAAGGUUUAGAGUUACUUUACUUUAAAAUGUGGGACCGUUUCGCGGCAGGACUCAAGCCCGAUCACAUCACUGAUACCACUGCUAAGAAAUAAUCCAAAAAAAAAUUCUCCAAUUUCGAUACGAAUAUUCAUUUAAAGAGAUGUUAGUAUUUAAAGAAGAAUGUUUCCAUGAAGUUUGUAUAUUUAGAUUAUUGAGUUGAGUUUUUUUCUCAAUCUUACAGGUGAUUUUUGAAAUAGUGACAAAUAUUUUUGCCAUUUAUAUGCUUGAUAAUUGUGUACAGUUUUCUGCUUUAGAAUAAUAUGACUAUGUAAUUAAAUU